GACUUCAAACUUCCAACGGCUCUCAUCUCUUUGAUUUGCUCCAACAGAUCCGGGGGCAGAAGGAACUUAUCACUAAAAUCUUCACUGAUGCAUCAAAUUCCAGAGGCAUACAAGCACCAGAUGAAGACUGUUUAGGAAAACUACAGCGCAUCAUAGAGCGAGUUCAGUAUCUUCCCAAUUUAGAGCAUUCGUCUCUGUCUGACGUUUCUGAAGAUUUUAUCAUCAUCAGUUACCCGAGACUUCUCGAUUGUUCAACUCAUGCUAGUGAAAAGUUUCAUGACAAUUACCUAGCCUUUCUUGAGAAAGUUGGUCUCGAUUCAUUGUACCACGAGGUUCUACUAACAACGUGUGUCAUUUCCAAGGCUCUCUUAUCUCCUGAAACUCUGUCACAUCCGACGUUCAACCAAGUCCCUCCAGGCCGUACUCUACCAUCUUCAGAAUUUUUACUACGUGUUCUAAAAAAUCUAGGUCGUUGGCUUGGGAAACUGGUGGUCACUACUAAAAGCUUUCUGUCCAAAACUGACAUUGACCUCAAGUCCCUCAUAGUUGAGGCCUACAAACUGGGUUUAUUGACCAAAACCAUCCCUUUUGUUCUAGAGUUCCUGGAGCCUUGCAGCAAAUGUCCUUUGUUUAAACUUUCAAAUCCAUGGACAAUGAUGAUUCUCAAGCUGUUAUAUGAGAUUUACAUGAUGUCAAACAUGCAAGAAAAACUUCGCUUGAGCAUUGAGGGAUCGUUGGAGAAGUUUGGUGUUUUGGAACAACUAAAGCCAACUUCCGUACUGCGAGAAAAGCACAGAACAAGGGAGAGCAGUGAUGGUUGUUUUCCCAUGACCAAAGCUAAAGAAAACCCGCUUGAUGUUGCACCUGAUCGCAUUGACCUCCUCAUGUAUUCAAGAGAGAAAUUCUCUGAGGAGUUCCUUGUUACCAUUAAGAAAUCAAGUUCUUUUUUUGGAAAUUACCCAGAGCUCGAGAGGAAAAUGAAAGAUCUCGUGCUGCAAGUUUUGAAAAAAUUUGGACCACUGCUUAUCAAACUUGCUGCAACUGUUGCACACGAGCGCGCCAAGGCAGCCUUUUUUAUGUAUCACCGUGGUAGAGAGGAUUGGAGUGGGACUUGGACAUACUUCAAUUACAUAAAUAAAUCUGGGUGUUUGGCUAAAGAGUUUACUCAACACACGGGCAAGAUAUUUCUUGGCGGCUGGAUGUCAUAUCUUGUUGGGGACUUACUUCAGAAACAUGAUGUUGCAUAUGGUCUUCAAAGCGAAAUAGUUGAAGGUGUGAUUGACGACAACCUUGAAUGCAUCUGCGAGAGACUUGGAGAGUGUGCUGAAAUGGAGGCAAAUGUAUACUUUAGGAAACAAAUAGAUUCAUGGGCGCUAACGAGUCAUAAAAAUCUCGUGGAUGAAAUAUCUCACGAGUUGGUGAAAGAUGUUACUGUCGAUGCUAUGAGCAACUUCCUGGAAACUGUUCGAGAAAUCUCCGCGGAAGAAAAAUUGGCCGCAUUAUUCAAGGUCGUGUGCGACCAAUUUGAUUUCCAGAAAGAUCCCCCUAGUAUCUGUAUGUAUACAAAGAAGAUGGCCUACUUGGAUCCUCUGUUGAAAGGAGAAAACGGAAGAAUGCAAGAUCUGAUGCACGCUCUGGAGUAUUUCUGCAGAAACUCAAGUUUCUCGAGGGGGCUAGAAGAUUUAAUCGUGGAUGGUUUCCGUCGAACAGGGUAUUUAAAUGAGGCGGCAAUUCUGCAAUGGUUUGAACAAGGUCGUACAAGGGCUGAAAAUAGAGCUCAACCGUGUGAAAAACUUAGAGAUCCAGCGCUUGAGCAAAGAGAAAUGCAAUUGGAUCAGUUAUUUAGUCAGAUAUAAACUGUUUUAGUUGUGAGUUUUAUAUUUUUUUUUAACAACUAUUUUAUUUAUAUAAAAUGUAACAUUACACAUAAAAUAAU